AUGAAAGGCAUGGCCAAAGACAUGUUCUACUUUGGAUACGACAACUACAUGAAAUAUGCCUUUCCUGAAGAUGAGCUCAAUCCCAUUGACUGUCAAGGGAGAGGUCCUGACGUGCUGGGGAAUGUGUCAGAGUUCCAUAGAGCUGUGAAGUUGGUGAUAGACACGGUAUCUUUCGAACUGCAAGUGUUUGAGGCUAACAUCAGGAUCCUGGGUAGUCUGAUCUCUGCUCACAUCCUCCUGACUGACCCCAAGCAUCCCUUCGGUGACGUGGGCAUGGACGAUUAUGACAAUGACCUACUACACCUGGCCCACGACCUGGCAGUCCGCUUGCUGCCAUCCUUCGAGAACACCAGCACAGGCAUCCCCCACCCCAGGGUGAACCUGAAGAGUGGUGUCUCUCCAGACAGCAUCGAUGAGACUUGCACAUCUGGGGCUGGCUCCCUGAUGGUGGAGUUUGGCAUUCUGAGCCGUCUGAUUGGAGACUCCACGUUUGAGUGGGUGGCAAGACGGGCUGUCCGAGCCCUGUGGAAACUGAGGAGCAACGAGACAGGCUUGCUAGGGAACGUGGUGAACAUUCAAACGGGACAGUGGGUUGGCAUGCAAAGUGGCCUGGGAGCAGGGAUGGACUCGUUCUACGAGUACCUGCUUAAGUCUUACGUCCUGUUUGGAGAGAGAGAGGACUAGCGGAUGUUCCAAGCUUCUUAUGAGAGCAUCCAGAACCACCUGAGAAUGGGGAGGGAGUCAUGUAAUGAGGGAGAAGGGGACCCUCCACUCUACGUCAAUGUGAACAUGUUCAACGGCCAGAUCAUGAACACCUGGAUCGACUCCCUGCAAGCCUUCUUCCCUGGCCUCCUGGUGUUGAAUAGUGGUGUUGAGGAGGCCAUUUGCAUGCAUGCCUUCUACUACGCCAUCUGGAAGCGCUUCGGGGCCCUACCUCUCCUACCGGAGAGGUACAACUGGCAGCUACAGGCGCCUGACGUGCUCUUCUACCCCCUGAGGCCAGAACUGGUGGAGUCCACCUAUCUCCUCUACCAGGCAACCAAACAUCCUUUGUAUUUGCACGUAGGACUGGACAUCCUUGAGAGUCUGGAAAAAAAUGCCAAAGUCUGGUGUGGGUAUGCCACUCUUCACCACAUGGUGGACAAGUCCAAAGAGGAUCGCAUGGAGAGCUUUUUUCUCAGCGAGACCUGCAAAUACCUUUACCUGCUGUUUGAUGAUGACAACCCCUUGCACAAAUCAGAGAACAAGUACAUCUUCACCACAGAGGGCCAUGUGGUACCUAUUGAUGCGCGCUUCCGGGAGAAGCAGUGGAAUGACCUGUUCCCCUGUGAGGAGAGAGUGGUGACAGACCAGGAGACCUCCAACGGGUCAUUUUCUAUCAACAAUAUCAAUGGUCUCUGAGGAGCGGAGGUACUCCCUGCCUUUGAAGAGUGUGUACAUGAGACAGAUCGAUCACAUGGUGGGACUGUUCUGAGGAGAGAUCACUGCUGUGUCUGUGUCCUCAGUUUGUAGACUCACUAACUCAGGCACAGCUUGUUGUGUGAAGAGGACAGAGGGGUCUUACCUCACCCUGCUCUACCGCUCUGCUGCUCAGGACCAAGGUGGACAAUACUCUCUAGGACCUUUUUAAAAAUACCAUUUCAAUUGUUUUAUAAUAUGCAUCAGUUUAUUUUGUAAAGGACAAUCUUUUCUUUUUUUUUCAGUUAAAGGUUUGCUGGAUUCCUGUUCCACAGCAUUUUAAAUGUGACUCUUUGAGUGUUGUUUGGUGUCAUUAUAACUGGGAUGUUUUGGUUGAGGAAUGAAUGAAGCAGUGAUGAGGGCUUUACUGUUCGAGCUUUGGUUUGGGUGUGUAGCUAGGUGUUCUGAACAUACCGCUGAUCUGUGAACUGUUAUUGGGUUGAGGGAACAGUGCCAUCCAGAUACCUGUUUAAUGUCCACAGCAUCAUUUUAAGUAGUGCCUCACUAGGAUUGUCAAUGCUGACGUGACCCCUUAUUAAUGCAGACGUGACACAUUAUUUAUACAGACUUGGUAUUAGUGCAGAGGUGACACCUUAUUAGUGCAGAGGUGACACCUUAUUAGUGCAGAGGUGACACCUUAUUAGUGCAGAGGUGACACCUUAUUAGUGCAGACGUGACACCUUAUUAGUGCAGACGUGACACCUUAUUAGUGCAGACGUGACACCUUAUUAGUGCAGACGUGACACCUGAUUAGUGCAGACGUGACACCUGAUUAGUGCAGACGUGACACCUGAUUAGUGCAGACGUGACACCUGAUUAGUGCAGACGUGACACCUGAUUAGUGCAGACGUGACACCUGAUUAGUGCAGACGUGACACCUGAUUAGUGCAGACGUGACACCUGAUUAAUGCAGACGUGACACAACAUAAAAGCCAAGAUGGUUGUGAUAAAGUGAAAAAAGUGAAUAACUUCCAUUCUGUGACCGGUAUAGAAGGUGGAAAUCAUUCCUCUUUAGUACAAUAUUUUUGACACUUCCUGUGGGUUUAAACAAAGCCAUAAAGUGUGUAAUGUUUAAGGUUGUGUAAGAGUAUCAUGUCUCUAUUGAACAAUUCUGAAUUUCUAUUCCAAGUAUUAAUAUUCAAGGAAGGGCUAUUCAUGCGGCUAUACACCGGUUGUGCUGCUUUGUAUGUUCAUGUUAAUUUAGCUGUAUAUCCAAAGAGUUAGUACACAGCAGUACAGUAUGUGUAUGUGGAUGACCUUGUGCAACCUUCCCUUGACUUAAUGGUGCUAACAGACUAUGUCAAGUACCAGUAUGUGGGGAGGAACAUAUUUUUUGUGAUUGACAUCUUGUUUUGCGUCUGUCUUGUGAGUUCUCUAUUUUUUGUCUUAGAUAAUCAAAUCAGGACUUAACUUUCUUCUCUCAGGUCAUCUUGAGUUUUAACUAAGUGGGCUUUUGACCUCUACAAUACUGUUCAGACAAUGCUGUAAGAAUGUUUUUCUCUUAAUGUCAGAAAAAUCUAUACAAAUAUUGUAUGUGAAAUAAAUGGCAAGUACAGAA